UGACGUUAUCAUAAAGGGGGAUGAGGGUGAUGAAGGCCUCCCAUUUCUCAUCUCGCUCUUCCUUUCUCCCUACCAAAAAAAGGAGAAAAACUGUAUUAAAAAAAAAUCCGAAGGAAAAAAAAAAAAUGUACUCGUUAUAUAGUAUAACAGUUCCCUGCAGCUCUAAAAUUUCAAAAUUUUCCACCAUUUUCCCCAUCCUAAGACCCAGCAGCCACCAGGCCACUUUUGGUCGCAGAACGAGGGUGAGAGCCGAGGCGCGCUCCGAUGGUUUGGAUACUUCCACCGUCCAAGAAGGCAGUGAACAACAAGAGGCAGAGAGCAGCAGUAACAGCAAGCCCAAGCCGCCUCCUCUUCCUUCUGCUGCUCCCGACAUUGAUAAAAACCUCAAGAAGGUUGUUCAGAAGACUGCUUCGACUUUUGCACCAAGAGCUUCCACUGCCACCAAGAACCCAGCUGUACCUGGAACUGCUUUAUAUACUCUUUUUGAGGUUCAAGGCUAUGCCUCAAUGUUAUUUGGUGGAGCCCUUUCAUUUAAUCUGAUAUUCCCAUCAAAUGAACCAGAUAUAUGGAGACUAAUGGGGAUGUGGUCCGUUUGGAUGUUCACUAUUCCUUCCCUUCGAGCACGUGACUGCUCUCAGAAUGAGAAAGAAGCUCUGAACUACCUCUUUCUUCUCAUUCCUCUACUCAAUGUUGUGAUACCAUUUUUCUGGAAGUCUUUCUCGAUUGUCUGGUCUGCAGAUACCAUUGCUUUCUUUGUGAUGUAUGCAUGGAAGCUUGGGUGGCUUCAGAGGUCAGAAUGAGAGGCUGGUUUGGUGGCUAAAGUUCAACAAAUUUCUCAUUCAGUAAAUAAGCCUAGGUGUUCACACAAACAGUGACAAGGAAGUUUCCUUCAAAAUUAUCUCAAGACUUAGACAUUAAAAUUGAAGCUUUCGAGCCUUUGACUUGAUUGAACAGACUGGUGAUUAUUCACCUAUCAAGUAUGAGGGAAAUCAACAACUUUUACUUGUGGCAAUUCACUCCUUUUUUUCAUGUACAUUAGAGGAGUAUUGCGAGGAACUUGCCUUGGAAGAAGAAUAGGAAAUUGGCUGAGGAACCUGGUUAUUUACGGGGGCUUGUUCUGAAGCAUGCAUUUUCAUCUUCCACUUAUUUGUGUAACUGGAAAACUUUGUUGGUGCCAACGUUAGAUGAACUUAUAUUUUUUUAUCAGUUACAUACUAUAGCAACCAAGUGUAUUUGCUUGCUUUGUUCCUUUUA